UAUCCCACUUCCAUAUUCGGUACCUGAUCCGACGCGUUUUAACUCAUGGCUGCGUUUACUUCGCGCCACCGCCCGCGUUCUCCAGGGCGCACGACUUUUCCGGCUUAAACUCUCUCGACCAAUACACCCAAAUUCUAAAUUGUAUAUUGACCACACCACAUCUCCCCACCAGGUUCACGCAGCGGACAUCAUAGAAGCGGAGAAGAUGUUGGUUCGGCAAGCCCAGAGAGAGAGUUUCCCAGAGGAAUUGACAAACCUGCGAUCCUCGAAGCCAGUGCCCAAGGACAGUCGGAUUAAGAAACUUGCCCCUAUACUUGAUGAAGAAGGCCUCAUGCGUCAAGACACACGCAUUAUUUCCGCACCAGGAGUGAAUAACGAGACAAAAUCCCCCAUGAUUCUUGACGGCCGCCAUUACAUCUCAAGACUCAUCAUCUUUCACGAACAUGUAAAAGCCUCACAUCAGUUUAAUGAGCUCGUUCUAAAUGAACUUCGACAAAGGUUUUCGAUCCCAAGAGCCAGAGGAACCAUUCGCAGCGUAGCAAGCUCCUGUCUAAAAUGCAAGAGAUGGAACACGAAACCUAUGCAACCUCAGAUUGAUGCACCAGAAGCGAUUACACCAUUUCAUUUCAUUCUGGGCUCCUCUUCGGUCGUACCAUGGACCACGUCGCUGACAGACGCAGACCUUUCCCGACGCUGUGACUGGCGGAGAACCCUGCGCCUAGCAGACCAUUUUUGGGCACGAUGGCUACGCGAGUACCUACCAACACUUCGGCAGAGAGGGCCCAACAACAACAACCUUUUAAACCUUGGCGAGGGUGAUGUGGUGUUGAUCGCCGACCCUACGCUUCCUCGUGGUUUGUGGCCGCUAGGAAGAGUAGCAAAAGUUUACCUAGGACCUGACGGAGCGGUCCGCGUGGCAGACGUCCACACAAAAGGAGGCGUGCUGCGCAGACCGGCCCGGAAGCUGAUUUUGAUGGAGGCCGCGACCCAGCCAGCGACCACCAGUGGUUAGUGUUCCACUGGGGGUCCGGUAUGUUGGCGACUGGCUGGUGCGCGACCUCCUUCAUAGUUUAAAAUUAUGUCACUUUCAAAAACUGUCCUCAUGUUAUGAAAUAGAAUCAAUCGGCAGUCAGUCUGCCUUCUGUCACGAAACUAAGCUUGUGUUUGUUUACCAAUAAUUAAAAUUAGUGCAUUUAUUACAUGUUUUCAUCAUUUCACGUCAAUAAUAACAGUCCACAACCC